CUUAUGAUAAACUUCCAAAAAUGUCAGAACCUUCACAACUUAUGACAGAAAAUACACGUUCUGAUCUUUAUGUUGCACUCCCUGUUCUCAGUCAAGGAAAGAAAUGGGUCUUACUAUACAGUACAUGGAGGCAUGGCAUAUCUCUUUCAACCUUAUAUAGAAGAAGCAAUCUUUGCCCUGGGUUAAGUCUACUGGUUGUUGGAGAUCGUAAAGGUGCAGUGUUUGGUGGUUUAGUUGAGGCACCUUUGAAACCAUCAAUAAAGAAAAGAUACUAG